AUGGCGCCGACCUCAGAAUCCCCUGGGCGGCCGCCCGCGAAUCACUUCAAUAAGCUCCACGCAGAUGCCCAGGAUGUGCUCCGCGAUGCCAGAACGAGGCCCGAGUUUCAGAGUGCCGAGGAUGAAGCCAAGGAGCAGAGGAUAGCUCAAUUGAUGGUGGAUCAAAUGUCAAUGCCCAUGACGGUCAACGAGGUUACCGUCACGGGGGCCAAGAACAUCCGACGGGGCUUUCUCGAUCCCAUACUGAAUCCUCUACUGAGCGACAGCAAUGACCCCCCCUAUACCGUCGGCGAUGUCAUGUCAAGGCUACAGAUGGCGACGGGAAAGCUUAGCGGACUGCAAAUCUUGAGAGAACCUCCGCAGGUCUACCUGUCACAGUCGAGCCAGGUGGAUGCAUCGACGAGUCCUACUGAUGUAGACAUUUCAAUUGGACUUCGUGAACUACCCCGCUUCAAGCUUCAGACUGGCACCGACGUUGGGAAUGGCGAGGGGUCGGCAUAUGGCUCUUUGCUGUGGCGCAACAUGUUUGGCGGCGCCGAGAUGCUCACCCUGAAUGCAAAGGCAGGAACUCGCACACGUUCCGCAUACAGCGCAAAUCUAAGCGCGCCCGUGUUAAGCAACCCGGACAUGCGCAUUUCUUUGGAAGCUUUGUCUUCUGCCGUUGAGAAGCCGUGGGCAUCCCAUGAAGAAGUGUUGAAAGGGGGGACGCUCCGCUUUUCAUGGCUGAAUGGCCAACGCGAUACGCAUUCCGUCGAAUACUCGGGAGCAUGGCGGCAGAUUACGGGCCUUGCGAACGAUGCCAGCCCCACGGUCAGGCAAGACGCUGGCGAUACCAUCAAGAGCGCCAUCAAGCACAUAUUCUACAGAGAGAGGCGGGACAACCCUCAUUUGCCGCAGCAGGGAUACAUGGUUCGGACUGGGCUGGAGCUGGCCGGCGUCGGUCCAUUGGGCGGCGACGUUGCCUUCUCCAAGAGCGACUUGGAAGUUAGCGGCGCCGUCCCAAUUUCUCUGCCUGGAGUCAAAGGACGGACGGGAAUCUCCAUUGGCGCGGGAUUCAGGACGGGAAUCCUCUACCCCCUGCCGCUCGGAUACAACUUUGGCGGUAAGGCGCUGCCUAGUCGCCUGAACGACCGCUUUCUCCUUGGAGGACCGACGGAUAUUCGCAGCUUCAAGCUUGGUGGGCUGGGGCCGCACGAUGGCCGGGAUGCCGCUGGCGGAGAUGUGUUUGCUGCUGGCAGCGUCAACAUGCUCUUCCCCUUACCCUACAAAGGGCCUGACUCCGGCCUCCGGCUGCAGCUGUUUGCCAACGGAGGCCGCCUGAUUGCCCUGAAGAACAAACUCAAGUCUCGAGACACAUCUCAGGGUCUAGACGGCGAAAUGGUCCGGAGUGGCCUCCUGAGCGCUUUUGGAGACUUAUUCAACGGCCCUCCAAGUUUAGCUGCUGGCGUUGGUCUGGUAUACGCACAUCCGGUGGCGAGGUUUGAACUCAACUUUGGCUUGCCUGUGAUUGUUAGAAGGGGGGAGCUGGUCACAAAAGGAGUGCAAUUAGGGGUAGGCAUCAACUUUCUCUGA